UAUGUGUUAUGAAUAGUCUCUGUUUUAAGUGUCUCUUUUAUAUUUUUUUUUACAAUUUUAAUAUUUUAUUAUUCGUACUAUAUAAUAUAAGAUAAACUAUAAUUUUAAUUAAAGUUGUAAUUAAUGAUAAUUCAAAUGGUAGACAUAUAACUUUAAAGUUAAGCUUAAAAUUUAUUCUUCGAUUGACUAACAAAAAAUGGAUUUAAUGUUUUGGUCAUCUGAUAGGAGUUUUUUAGAAAUUGUGGGAGUUGCUGGUUUAUGUAUAUUUUUUCUAAAGAUAUUUUAUCUCGGACUAAAGUUUUCUUAUGAACACUUAAUAGCACCUAUAAUUGGAUUGACGGUCAAUUUUCAAAAAGCUGGAAAAUGGGCAGUAAUAACAGGUGCCACACAUGGUGUUGGAAGGGAAUACGCCGAACAGUUAGCAGCUAAAGGAUUGAAUAUAGUAUUAAUAAGUAGGAGUAGGGCUAGAUUAGAAGAUACAUCAAAUGGCAUAAGAACCAAGUAUAAAGUAGAAACAAAAAUAAUUGAAGUCGACUUCUAUGAUGAAAAUCCAGAAUUAACAGACAAAAUAGUUAGAGAACUAUCCGAUUUGGACGUGGGUGUUUUAGUCAAUAAUGUUGGACUACAUAAUCCUUAUCCCGAUUAUUUUUUGAAUUUCGAUCAAAACAACCCAUUGUAUGAAAAUAUGAUUAAGUUAAAUGUCACACCAUUGGUGUAUUUGUGCAGAGCAAUAAUGCCUGGAAUGAAAAAACGCCGUCGUGGAAUAGUUAUAAAUAUAUCGUCAGCUGAAGCUGUUAUAAGCAGUCCAUUACUUGCUGUUUAUGGUGCUACAAAAGCUUUUAUUGAGAAAUUUUCUAAUGAAUUGACAAUUGAACACAAAAACGAUGGAAUUAUUGUACAAUGUGUAAUACCAUACUCAAUUGCCACCGAAAGUUUGUCAAAUAGAAACUCAUGGAUGGUACCAAGUCCAAAAGUAUAUGUUCAUUCUGCUUUAAAAACAACCGGUAUACAAAGUUUAACUACAGGAUAUUUACCUCAUACUAUUUUUGUGAACAUUGUACAAUAUUUAGAUUCUAUAUGCCAUCCAUUAAUAUCAUUAUUAAGAUUAAUGACUCUUUUAAGAAAACGUGCCAAUUUUUUGAAAGGAAAUUCAAAAACAUCGACUGUUUGAGUUAAAAUAUGUACUAAUAAACUUAUUUGUUGAUAUUAGUUAUUAUAAAAUUGAUGUUACUAUUAUGUUAUACAUAAAAAUCUAUUAUUCUUUAUUACUUGUAUAAAUAAGUAAUGUAUUUAAUUUAUUCAUUUAAUUUUAAGUUGUCCAGUUCAAAACAUGAAUAAUUAAAAUAAAUGAACAAUCUCACAAACUGAGAUUGUUACAAUUAUUAUACAUUUUACUUUUUCUAAAUUUUUUUUUAGGUAUAAUUUUUUGCAUUAUUAUCUAGUUUUUGUUUAGUUUAUUACUAGGACUGAGAGUAUAUGCAUUUAUAAAUUUUUGUUGAGAAAUUUUGAAGGAUUUCAAGUUUGUGCAACUAAACACUACCACACUUCAUUUUUUGUCUAAUUGUAUAAAAAUAAUUCAAGGGUAAUAAAAACAAAUAAAACUUUUUUUUGUUAAUUUUUUUCAAAAAUUCAUUUUACAACGAAAAAAUUUAGAGGCAGUGUUAUUAAUAAAUCACACUGUAAAGUAGCGUACAAAAUAUUUCUCGAGUCUUAAGGGGAUCAACCCUCCUAAUACAUUUCUCUCCACAAAAACUUCCAUAACAACAAAUUACUAAGUUUUUAAGACAAUUAAUACAAAUUUGUACUAGUUAAUGGCAUGUUUGGAAUAACUUCAUAAAUAAAAAAAACAAAAUUUAUAAAUACAUGCAAUUCCAUUGAAUUCCUAUAAAUCACCAUACGCGGAAUUUGAAAAAAUUAAGGAGUAAAUGAGUUUUUUUUCUACUAAAACAGAAUUUGGAACCACAAAAAUUAUUUUACUUCUCGAGUACAAAAUAUUGAACAUAUCUCUGGUCAUGAUAAAAUAAAUGCCUAAUUGUCCAUUUUUUUCCUAAUUUUUUUACUGUUUUCUCUUUAAAUUAUUAAUUUAAAAUAAUAUUUGUUCGAAAGAAUAUUUAACAUAAAAACAGUAAAAAUACUUAAAAAACAUACAUUUACAUUUUUAACAGCGUAUAAGAGCUACUUUUUAACAUAAACAUUUAAAUUUCCAUACAUAUUAUGGUCAGUUUCUUUCAAACAAUUUCUGGGAAGCAUUUGAAAAAAUUGAGGUGCAUUUAUAUUGAAACAAGAAAAUUUAAAAUGUUCAUAAUAAUCACAGUUGUUUGUUAUUUUAAUUGUGAACAGCACAAUUAA